AUGCAAUUGGAACAAGUCAACAUUAAAAAAGAGUUAGUGGCAUCAAAUUUAAUUUUGAAUCGAUUACUUACAAAAGUUGAAGUUUUGGAAACUAAUUCAAAAAACAAUAGUUUAAACUCUGCGAUGGCCAACCAGUAUAUUGAUUCAAAUUUUCUUUCAUUAUUCCCAAUUAAAAAUAAAGAUGAAUUUUUAUCAGUUGAAUCAAACAUAGUAAAUGAAGUGGACUUUGUGUUGAAACUAGAAUCAUUCAUUAAAAGUAUUGGUGGAUGUGGACUAAAAAAUAAUAUUACAAGGGUGUUACAAAAAAUAUUUAGCGAUGAAUUUGCUGUUAUCUCUACUUGGACUGGACGUGGUAAACAUAUAUCCAUUACAAUAGGAAGUUCUGAAGUGAUAAAACUAAUAAAAAGGUUUAUUAAAGCCAAUUCCAAUGAUGUGUUAACGGAUUCAGAAUUUGAAAUCACUGUUGCAAAUUGGCUUAGACAUGCAAACACUCGUUUGAGUAGAGCAAAAUAA